AUGGUGGCCCCAUCUCCGUACCGUACCGCAAUCAUUGAUUGUGUCAAAAGCGGAAUGACAAAUUCCAAGAUCGUUAAAAAGCUGAAAGUGUCUCGUGUUCUCGUUUUUCGAACUGCACAACGCUAUCGGCGUCUCGGUACUUCAGAUGACAUGCAAACAGGGGACGUCCAGUCACCGUCACGACUCCAGAAGCCGUCAAAGCCGUUCGAGAGAAAAUCAGACGCACUCCGGAAAGAAGCAUGAGAAAGAUGUCAAAAGAAUACGAAAUGAGUCGAGGGUCGAUGAAAACUAUUGUCAAGGACAAGCUGAAGAUGAUUCCCUACCGUAUGCAGAAGGGAGCCUUCCUCAAUCAAAAAAACGAGACAUUGCGGAUGAAAAAGGCUUGA